GGUUAUCGUGUCAUAGCGCAGAUGCGAAACUGCGCCCCCGUAGAACUACCGAAAUAAUAUUAUUCUUUGAUAACCCGCAGAGGCCUCAACGACAGAUUGUCCGCAGUCAUCCGAAUUCUUCGUCCGCUACACCCGUCGCCGGCCCAACGAUUCAACGUCUCAGCAUACAUCGACGUGCUACAACCGAGGCCAGCACACGCCAUUAAACACACAGCCAUCGUUGCAGUACUGUCGCUGGACCAUUAAUCAUGCCUGGUAUUGUAUCAAAGUCCGAUAAAACGGCCGAGGACAAAAACGCCGUCACUCAUGUUUUCCGCAGAGUAAGGAUUUCCUUGGCUCGAGAACCAUCUAACCUCUCAAAUGAAGAGAUCAUGCAACAUCCCGAAAUGUAUAGGUUAAUGAAUUUCCUUGAAAGUAUGCCGGUAGAAGAGCGAAUUCUUGAAUUUUCUGCUCUAACUCCCGAAGAAGAACAAGAAUACUUGACACAAAAAAGAAUUCGCGAAACCGAAGAAGCUCGUAGACUUCGUGAAAUGGAAGAAGAUCGCAAGAAUUACUUGAACCGAUUCUUUCGUUAAGAUAUCUUUUAAAUCAUAAAAAUUCCAGCAACGACCUAUUCAUACCUACUUACCCAGGAGUAAUCUACUUCGUGAAUCAUAACUGUGUUUUUUUAUUUAAUUAUUAUUGUAACUUUUUUUUUUAAAUUAAAUUAAACAUUUAUAAAAUAGUAAAUUAUUAG